UUGAUUUUCCGCGACUCGGCGCGCCAAGGCGCAACAUUUUGUGGAAAAAGGAAAACUGUUUUAUACGUAAAAGGAAAGCCCAUUCCGAACCACUUCUCCCGGUUCCGGUCGCGCUUCGCGUGUGAAAAAUGUGCGCCCAACGGCAAAGUGAGGACGUGAUUGCGUUAAAUUUUCACGAAUCGUGCUUGCGCUUAUCGGAUGUGGAGCUAUUAAAGGGUCCACACUGGCUCAACGAUCAAAUAAUUUCGUUCUACUUCGAGUACCUUGAGAAGCGGGUAUUUGAAAGCGAACCGGACCUCCUGUUCGUCAGCCCGGAAGUGACGCAGUGCAUCCGUAUGGUGUCCCGGGAGGAAGUGGGCAUUUUUCUCGAUCCCCUCCGUGCCACCGAACGGGCGUUCGUGUUCUUUGCCCUCAACGAUAACCAGGCCGCCGAUCGGGCCGGCGGUACACACUGGAGUCUUCUGGUGUUCUCUCGACCCGAGAAAGCGUUCUACCAUUUCGAUUCGUCACACAACGCGAACGUCGAUUCCGCGCGCCAGCUGGUCUCGGUACUGGCCCGGCCACUUCGCUGCCCCGAUGCUCAGCUACGCACCGGCGAUUGCCUCCAGCAAAGCAACGGCUACGACUGUGGCAUUCACGUCCUCUGCACCGUGGAUGUGGUUACGAAACAGAUACGAAAAAGUGGCCAAGUGGCGGGAGUUCGCAGCGCACGGUACGACGUGAUACGUUCCAAGCGGGAUUUGCUUCUAGAAACCAUCGUUCAGCUGGGCGGAAGAAUUAAGUAGCACCAACGGGAGGACAACAAACAGAAACCCAACAAACAUCAUUGUGAUUAAUGUAGUCGUUCGGACACGAGGCAAAGACACCAAACCGGAGGGAGGGCCACGACGAUUACGAUCCUUCUCCACUUUAUUGUAAUUCCAAGUCGAAUGUAGAUGCUCCGUGUAGAUGCUACUGGCUGUCCUGUCCUGUGUAUCGCAUCAAUCCCGUGACAUAAAAUUUCUUAGUAUAUUUUAAUAAAAAAAAAACCGAGCAAAAUACAUCUA